UUAAUAAAAUCUUUCGGGAUCAUAAUAUACUGUACGUCAAAAAAACAUAUAUAAAGACAUAAAGACAGAGAAAAGAAAAAGAUAUAUCUCUAAAUAAUACUAAAACUAUCACUGAACAAACAAUACUUCGCAAUGAAAUAUCUUUUCUGGUUUAUUGUUCUUGUUUGUAUUGCCACUAGCCUGACAGUUCAUGCAUCACCUCUAGAUCCCCUCGUAAAAAGAUGUAGUGCUCCUUGUAGCUCUGAUGAAGAUUGCGGUGAUGUCAAUUUUCAGUGCGAAGAUGGCUGUUGCAAAUUUCUAAUUCCUUGCUGUUAGUUUUUUUUUUAAUUUUUUACUAAAUGAAUUAUUCAUUACAAGUAGUCCU